UGUCUCCCCAUCCCAUGAGCAGAACCCUAUAAUUCCUCAUGACCUCAUGACCUUCUUCACGCAAUGUCGGGUUGUGUCCGCGACGACCUAUAAAAGGAUUCUACCAGACGAAAGCCAAGCCCAUUGCGAAAUGGAAAGGCUGCGCGAACUCACUCAGCGGAUCAGACCCUCAGAUGUGGACGAGGGCCGCAUCGGAUCCAUCGAGCUGAAUGUCUGGCUCGCUCAAUUGACGGGACUUCCCCUCUCCGGACUGAAGCCGGAGACCAAGGCCGAGAGCAUCCGCAUCCUUGUCGUCAGUGGAGUGGUACUGCCGUUGCUCUUCUGCUAUGUGGUUUUGGAGAUCUACGAUCUGGUGCUCAAUUGGGACAAUGUGGAUAUCAUGACACAGAAUGUGGUGAUGACAUUGACCCAUGUGGGGUACUGGUUCAAGGUUCUUAACACAUUCUACUAUUACGAGGACAUUAGGCGGAUAGUUUUCACGCUGAAACACCUCACUAGAACCUGCGUUCUAUCUCCCGGGCAGAGGGAGACCUUCCAUCAGGUGGAAGUGGAGAAUAAGGUAGUUUGUCUCUUUUACUUCUGCCUGGUGGUGUUUUCCUCCACGCUCGCUAUGGUCAUGCUUCUGAUUGUGCCGGAUAAUUUGGCCGGAAAGCGGUUCCCCUAUCGCGUCCACAUGCCCCACUUCCUGCCACCCAUCGUCCAGUAUCUGUACAUGGGCCUGAGCAUUAUCUGGAUAUCGUGUGGGAUCCCGACCAUCGACAACGUCAACAUGCUGUUUAUGAAUCAGAUAUGCAUGCACCUCAAGAUUCUCAACAUGGCCUUUGAUGUGCUGCAGCGCCAAGUGGAUCCCAACAUCUGGAUGGUUUCGAUUGUGAAGUACCACAGCGUCUUGAUCAACUUGCGUCAGCGACUGGAGCAGAUAUACCGCCUGCCCGUCUUGUUCCAGUUUGUGUCGUCGCUUCUGGUGGUGGCCAUGACCGCCUUCCAGGCGAUUGUGGGCGAUGGUUCCGGGAGCUCGGUGCUCAUCUACUUCCUCUUCGGCGGCGUCAUGUGUCAGAUAUUCCUCUACUGCUGGUUCGGCAACGAGGUCUUUGAGCAGGUGCACUCCCAUGAUACACAUAUCUAUUCUUUCAGGUGGGUUUAUUCUUCUUAUUUCCAGAGCAAAACCCUAUCGACUUCCGCCUUUGGCUGCAAUUGGCACGAAUUCGAUGCUCAGUUCAAGAGGACUCUCCUCAUCUUCAUGAUCAAUGCGGAUCGACCGUUCCUCUUCACCGCCGGCGGUUUCAUGGGCCUAACCCUGACGAGCUUUGCCAAUAUCCUGGGCAAGUCGUACUCCAUUGUGACAGUGCUCCGUCACAUGUAUGGCAGGGCCCAUUAAAUGGCUUUUAAAAUAUACCAAUAUAUAAUACAUGGACGUCAUGUGGGGAAUCACUUAGCCCCAUUUGGGACAUUAAUUUGAUUAUUAGAUGUCCUCACACAUUACCACAUAACUACAUACAUGAUUACUAUUAUUUGGUACUUACUUCUUUGAGGUAUGACAAGGUAUAUCCACCCAUAAUGGCUUUGCCUUGUUUUUUAAGUAUAUUUUCUAUUUUCCAGUCACUGGGUAUCACAUAGUCCAUAUCACGCACAUUUCAGUGUUUUUCUUUGAGGUUGAAACAGUCUUAUAAGGUGUAUUUUUCCACUCCUGCUGGAAUUAUAAAUUUAACCUGAAAUGGAUUCGAAAUGUGUAUAAUCAACUAUUGAAAGGUGAUUCAAUCAAUUGGUAGAGUUUUACAAACGUUUAAAGGUUAUUAUUUUCAGAAAAGCGUUGAGUAUUUAUCAAAUAAAUUGGCUAUGUAGAGAUUAUAUUUGCCUUAAA